AUGGAAGAAGAAUUAUCAAGGCAGUGGGAAAAGCUAAGUCUGACAGAAAGGGAAAAGGAGGGGGUGUCUCUAGCUCCCCAUAACAUGCCAACAGGGCGUGAACAAGCCCUUUCAUGUCUUAUGGUAAUAAUAAUGGCCGAGAAGAUUAUUAACAAGGAGGCUUUCAAGAGCACUAUGGCUAAAAUCUGGAGAUGCACGAGCUGGAUUCAGUUCUCGGAGGUGGGUCCAAACAAGUUUCUUGUCGAGUUCGACAGUGAUCAGGAUUUGAAAAGGGUGAUAGAAGGAAGACCGUGGGCUUUCGAUCGGUGGCUUCUGUGUUUACAAACAUAUGAUGGUUCCAAAUCCAUUAACGAGAUAGUUUUCAACAAAGAGGAGUUCUGGCUGCAGGUCUAUGAUGUGCCUCUUAGUUGUAUGACACAAGAAACAGGAUUACUACUCGGUAGUUACGUGGGAAAGGUGCUAAAAGUCCAUGCAGACGACAGAGGCAUUAGCUGGGGGAAGUAUUUACGUAUAAGGGUUGAGGUUGAUAUUACAAAAGCCCUAUUAAGGGGUACUUUUCUCAAUGUGGAGGGAAAGAAGUGUUGGGUGCCAUUCAAAUAUGAGAGGCUGCCGUCUAUAUGCUUCAAGUGUGGUACCAUCAAGCAUAACCAUCUAGCUUGUUUGAGUGCCACCAGCAGGGGAGGAAGCCAACAGUAUGGAGCCUGGCUGAGGGCGCCGGCCACCAAAGAUAGUGACUUGCAAUUGAAAAAGUAUGGGGAAGCUGCGGACCCAGAAGGUCAAGUGCAUGAUCAGUCAUGGAGAAGAGAAACAGAGGGUAGGGAAGACCUCCAGGGUGGUAGUCCAGCUAUCACGGAUGGGUGUCAGGAGAGAAACUUAGCUUCAGACAGGCUGGACUGCAAGAUAGUAGACAGAAGUGACAUUCAGGGAGCAGAGAGGUUGACUAGGCAAGGAAACUUCCCUAGACAAGUUGGUACACAAAAGCUGGCGGGAAAAGGAGUCCCUCCACUAAACCCUCCAAAUGUACCCCAUGAAAAACUAGAAAGGGGGCUCGAUGAGCAGACAAGGCCUACAGGAAUAGCACACACUCCACUGACAGCUAAAGAGGCAGUACAACAUGGGAUAACUGGUACGGAGAUCUCAACUGACUUAGUUACACAGAUUCAUUCCAUUGAGAGUUUCCUGUCUGACCAACUAAAAGCACUGAAUCAACCAAAGAAGGAUCCUACAUGGAGAAGACGAGAAAGAAAUCUGAAAACUGAGAACUUUUCACCAGGAUUGGGAGGAAGCCCAUCAGGGGUAUCAUACAGCAAAAAGAGAGCCAAAAGUCCAAUUUUAAAGAGAAGUAAAAGAAUUGCAGCAUCCUCUACAAACCAUGCCCCACCAAGAUCACUGAGAUUCAUCAGUUGGAACUCACGUGGGCUUGGGAACCCACUGGGAGUUCGAGUACUUCGAGACUUGACUCGAAGGGAAGAUCCCACAAUCCUGUUUCUACAAGAGACAAGAUUGAGUGUCACUAGAAUGGAGAAAAUUAAGUAUAUCUUAGGCUUUCCAAACUGUUUAGCAGUGAGUAAUGACAGAGGAGGGGGAGGUAUUGCUCUCUUAUGGAAAAACAGUAUUGAUCUUAAGAUUACCCAAUAUUCAAAGUCUCAUAUACAUGCUGAAAUUAAAUUGCAAGGGGAAGGGGAAGCUGUCUGGUACUUGACUGGAGUGUAUGGUCACCCAGAAGCUGCAAGAAGACAUGAUACAUGGUCAUUGAUAAAGUCCCUAAUGGUACCAGCAGGUUGUGCUUGGCUUGUAAUGGGGGAUUUUAAUGAAAUUUUGCAUAUGGGGGAGAAGAGGGGAGGAAGAAGCAGACCUGAGUGGCAGAUGGAGGAUUUUAGUGACAUGCUGGUUGAGUGCAGGUUAUUGGAUCUGGGGUUCUGUGGACCUCAAUUCACAUGGUGGAAUGGGAGACAGGAAGAACACAGUGUGUCAGAAAGGCUAGAUAGAUUUUGUGCUAAUCAAGAGUGGAGCUCCAAAUUUGCUAUGUGGCAUGUUGUUCAUCUGCCAAUUGCCUACUCGGACCACCUUGCUGUUAUAUUGAAACCCCAAGUCGAUCCCAAUCUGAGUAGUAGAGGGCCUGGAUUCAGGUUUGAGGCCAUGUGGACUGAGACAGAAGGUUGCAAGCAGGUGGUGUCUUCUACUUGGAACCUAGAGGGAGGGGACAAGGACAUCUCUUCACUUAUGAAGAAGAUAAAGGGCUGUGGGGAGAGGCUCCAGUAG